AUGAACGAUGAUCCUACAAACUCGGACACCGAAGAAAACUCAGAUGAAUUCCCCAAUGGUGGUUGGCAAGCAUGGAGUGUAGUACUCGGCUCAUGGUGUGGCAUGGUUCCUUCUUUUGGGCUGCUCAACUCGGUUGGUGUCUUGCAAGCAUGGCUGGCCGAUAACCAACUGAAGGACUAUUCGGAUUCCUCCAUUGGGUGGAUCUUUGGUGGCCCUAUAUUCGAUGCCCAUGGCCUCAAGUAUAUCCUGAUCCCGGGAUGCAUAAGACUUGUAUUUGCACUCAUGAUGUUUAGCCUUUGCGAAGAGUACUGCCAGGUCAUGCUCGGAUUUACACUCGGAUCGGCAACCACGGCAGGCGGAUUUAGAGACAUUAUCUUCCCCAUAAUCAUCACAAAUCUCCUUGAUUCGGUCGGAUUCCCAUGGAUCAUUCGUAUAGUCGGCUUUGUCCCGGGGGUGUUCUAUCUAGUCUGUGUUCUUCUUCUCAAAACCCGACUUCCUCCAAAGAAGGCCGCCAUUGCACAAGGCAUGGAUUCUUCCCUGGCAUACCAACUCGCCUCGAUUCUCAACGGUGCUUCGAUCCUCGGCCGUGCGCUUCCAGGCUACUUUGCUGAUCAGUACGGUCGAUUAAACGUGAUGGCUCUGACUUUAUUCUGCGCCAUCUUUACCCUUGGUCUGCGGUUGCCCAUUCAGUCCAGUAUCCCGGGCAUACUCGCCUAUACCGUACUCUUUGGGUUCUGGAGUGGUUUAGCAAUCAGCUUAAACCCCGUCUGUGUCGCGCAAGUCUCCCGUACGGAGGAUCAUGGGAAACGAUACGGAACGACGUAUUCGCUUGUUAGUAUCGGGGCGUUAGUGACUGUGUCGAUUGCUGAGGCGAUUCUGAGGGCUCAGAAUGGGAAUUAUCAGGCUGCUAUCUUGUUUGUUGGAUUGGCGUAUGUGCUCGCUUUUGUAUUGUUUGUGCUUGCACGGGGGAUGUGUACUGAAUGGAGGUUGAAAAGAGCUUUCUGA